GCAACGAGCAGGGGAAGGAGGACCGUUGUCCAGAGUGGGCUGCUCAGUGCCAGAAGUCAGUCAUCACUCGGCUGCGCGAGCUUUACGCGCAUCGUGCUCAUCUCUUUAUUAGUGAAGGCGCUCAGGGGCCCAGGAGAGAUGAGCGACGAUCUGGGCGAGCUGCUGGGGCCGGUGGCGGCCGCGCUGCGGCUGCUGGGGCUCCAGGCGCCGUCGACGUCCUGGUCACUGACGUGGAGGGCGCUGCUGCUGCUCGUGGUGAACGCGUCCGUGCCCGCGAUGGCCGCUUCCAAGCUGUGGGUGGCGCCGGCAGCUAAGCUCGAGGAGCUCGCCGUCGAGGUCUUCGUCUGUGUCACCGGUGUCGCCAUGACCGUGAAGGUUGCAGCCUUCCUGUGGCAGCAGGAGCAGACGCAGCGGCUGGCGGUGCUGUUGGCGGACUGUAGACGUCGCUUCGUGUGUAGCGGAGGCGGUCCUGGCGACACGCGGGCCCGCUACCGGCGACACAUCCGCCGCAUCGUCGUCUACAUGCAGGUGAUGGUGGUUGUACCGACGACGCUGUGGCUCCUGGACCCGCUGGUGGGCGCCGGCUCUUCUGCGGGGCGCCUCCCGAUGCCCAUGUGGGUACCGCCGGGCCUGCGCUCCUCACCGGGUCACCAGAUCCUCUACGCCUUCCAGGCUCUCGCCAUGAUCACCGUGGUCGAAGCGUCGCUCUACCUCGACGUCUGCUUUGUCGUUCUCAUGCUCAGCGUCUCCGCAGAGCUGCACGUGCUCAACGACGCCGUUGCCUCCAUCAAGGCUCCAGCAGUUCUGAGACCUGCACUUUAUAGUGCCUCGUAUAGAGUGACCAAUGUGAUAAAUGGAAGUUGGUUGCGCUGUGGACUCAGUAGCCCAAGAGGUGCGAUUGCUUAUAACGGUCAUCAGUCAACCGAAGAACGCACCGAGAGUUCUGCCAUCAUCACUGACGAUGCGAAUGGGAUAGGUACAGAGAUGUACCGCGUGCUGGUGAAGAGUAUAAAACACCAUCAAGCCAUAAUUCGAUGUGUCGAGGAGUUGGAGUCAGUAAUGUCACAGUCCGUUUUCGUCCUCCUUUUUCUGAAUAUGAUGAACAUCUGUGUACACAUUUUCGUUACAUCGGUGCUGUUACAGAAAGACGUGGAACGCACGACGAUGUCCAAGAUGUUAUGCACACUCCCAAUAUACAUGUACGAAACGGGGCUGUACUGCAUAUUCGGCCAGACAAUUAUUGACCAGGGUGAACAGCUGACUGCGUCGGCCUUUAGUGGGGACUGGCCCGAGGGCGACGCGCGCAUGCGCAAAGCACUCCUCGUGCUGAUGCUGCGCUCGUCCAAGCCACUGAAACUCACCGUGGGCAAGCUGUACGUGCUCUCCAGGCACACGUUUCUCCAGAUACUGAAUGGAUCGUAUACGCUGUUCAACAUGUUGUACCAGGUGCAGACGAAAAAGUGACUCCACGAGAUGCCUGACGCCACUGGAACUACACAACGAAACAAAUGCAACGGUGUCGAUAGAUACAAUUCUUUGCAUUUUAUUAUAAUAGGUAU